AUGGACGUUUUCAAAGCAAUGUGGCGCCCCAGAGGCAACAUCUCGAUACCUACGUAUAAACAGGGAGACCAAGAAGAUGGAGCAGACUUGCAGGUCAAGUCGUUGUUCUACAUGUUUCGCCGGUUGCGCAUUGCCAACAACACCUACAUGCCUGGAUCAUCGCUGAAGCAGCUUGUGGAGCCAAUUCCGGAGCUCUCUGACGAGGAUCUCGCGAAUUUGGAUAAAAUGUAUAAUUUGGCUGGAUUUGAGCACGUGCUUUUGCAUGACCCCCAUCGUGUUCUCGUGGAUUGGGUCAAGAAUAGAUUCCGUUGUCUCUUGCUACUUUCGCAUAUGCCUCAAAUGGAUCUCCCCAAGUUCCCUGACCAGGGAUUCCGGUUUGCUGUGCUACCUCCGGACGCUAGCACCGACGAGUAUAUUCGCACUUUGACAGAGUCGGAUAUCUACCGUGAGCACCCUCUUACGCCGGCUGUUCGUCGAUCUGUUGCUGAGAGUGUGCUCAAAAAGCAUAACAAACGUGAUUUGAACAGCCGAGCACAGAUCAUUCAGGAAUACCUGUGGGGUCUGGGAGUCGAGAUCCAGGUGGCGCGCUUGUACAAGGCAUCACUGAAGGCGGCCGGCAUUAGUUCCCCAAUCGCAUCACCCACCGCCUCGCCAACGGCUUCGCCGAUGGGCUCUCCAACGUUGUCGUCGCUGUCGUUACCGCCUGGAUCCCCUACUGCGGUGCCAAGAUCGCCAGCUGCGCGAUCGCCGUCUCCGAUUCGAAUCAAGGCGACACCCAAAGUAGCCCCGCCACUAAGCCCACGAGGACGAGCAGUGCCUGCCCCGUCAUCUCCUAUUCAACGGCUGCGGACGCCGUCGCCGUCCAAAUCACCCACCCGCAUUCGACUCUCCCCUACUCAGCCCUCUGCAGCGCCGGCAUCACCCACACUGAGAGUGCGACAGUCGGUGAACAAUCUGAAGUCUCCGCCAAAGCUCAGCAAGCCUGAAGGCGCAGUGGACUCUACGCAUCGCCAGCAAAUUCUCAAACAGGCUCGCCAAGCCGUGUUUGCCCGCAUGGACAAAGAAAAGAGCGUUGUAGCAUUGGAGUGCUCUUGUUAG